AGCUGGUGAGCAAGAGUCUGGCCCGAGUUGGCUGGAGCUGUUGCCAUGACAAGCAUUUUCUUAAGAAAGCUCUGCUGUUGAGACCGUCCAAAGCUGGGGGUUGAGGGGGGGAGCACGAACUUCCUGGGGAACCAUCCCUCCGAGGAGAGCAAGGCCAGAGACACCCGUCCAGCUCCCCUGCACCCAUUUUCUUCCAGGAACCUGAGAGGUCCUUCCCUUUGGGAGGGCCGGGGGAGGAGACCCAGCCCACUCCCUGGCCGUAGCUGGAAAGGCGAGAGGGCAGAGGCAGCAUCUCUAGCGUGGUUGCCACACUGGGGAGACCGGUGGGUGCUCACCCCCACCCUACCCCGUCCAUGGAAACCCGGAGGGAGAGUCCCGCUUGGAGAAGCCCGGAUCUUUGCUAGAAAGAGAGAGAUCCAGUUGUCAGCGGUAUCCAGGGAGCCCUCCUCUUCCUCCUCCUUCUCCUGCCGCCUCUCUACCAUCGCAGUUGCUGGUUGUUGCUAAGGUGGCCUCCAUGGUAACAUGCACAUCCUGUUUACACCUCUAUCUGGGCAAGUUGGUCUAAGCUAGGAACCUACCUACGCUGGACAAGCACUUCCAUCACUACCUGGGGACAGCAAUCGGCGUGACACGUGGUCUGGCUUCCACUCAGUUCCCCCAUCCUCUUCCUCCUCUCGCCGCCAAGCUUCACACACAAAAAAGGAUCUGGGCUAGAGGCUGCUCCUCCAAAGCCUAUUGCACAGGAUCUAGUCCAUCUAUUUCCUAACUGGGCUCCCAGAGAAGCAAGAAGUAAGAAGAAGUGAGGCAGAAAGGCAGGCGUCCCUCAUCAGUUAAAGGGAAACUCCGCAUUUUCUCUGGUCGAGGGGCUUGGUAACAGCAGACAAAAUGACGAACCCAACAGAACAUGCCUUGCCGGCCACGGCCAACUCGAUGGUCGAGAGCCAUGAAGGGGACUUUGGCUGCACAGUAAUGGACCUGAGGAAGCUCAUGGAGCUGCGUUCCUCUGAUGGAAUCGACCAGAUCAAUGUCCACUAUGGAGGUGUAAUGAAUCUCUGCAGUAGACUGAAAACCGACCCUGUGGAAGGUCUGUCUGGGAACCCUGCAGACCUGGAGAAACGUAAGCAAGUGUUUGGACAGAACUUCAUCCCCCCCAAAAAGCCCAAGACCUUCUUAGAACUAGUGUGGGAAGCCCUUCAAGAUGUCACACUCAUCAUCCUGGAGAUCGCAGCCAUCAUCUCCCUCGUCCUGUCCUUCUAUCGCCCCCCUGGGGAAGAAAAUAAACAGUGUGGUCUACCUGUAAGUAGCCCAGAAGAUGAAGGAGAGGGGGAAGCCGGCUGGAUUGAGGGGGCAGCCAUCCUAUUCUCUGUGAUCAUCGUGGUGCUGGUGACUGCCUUCAACGAUUGGAGCAAGGAGAAGCAAUUCCGGGGGCUGCAGAACCGCAUUGAAAAGGAACAGAAGUUCUCCGUGAUCCGAAAUGGCCACAUCAUCCAGCUGCCCGUGGCUGAGAUCGUGGUGGGUGACAUCGCCCAAAUCAAAUACGGUGACCUGCUGCCUGCAGAUGGGAUCCUGAUCCAGGGGAAUGAUCUCAAGAUUGACGAGAGCUCUCUGACUGGGGAAUCAGACCAUGUCAAGAAGUCCUUGGAAAGAGACCCAAUGCUGCUCUCAGGGACCCAUGUCAUGGAAGGUUCUGGCCGGAUGGUAGUAACUGCCGUGGGUAUCAACUCCCAGACUGGAAUCAUCUUUACCCUUUUGGGAGCCAGUGAGGGAGAAGAGGAGGAGAAGAAGAAAAAAGGUAAAAAACAAGGAGUCCCUGAAAAUCGCAACAAAGCAAAGACUCAGGACGGAGUGGCCCUGGAGAUCCAGCCACUCAACAGCCAGGAGGGGAUCGACAAUGAGGAAAAGGAGAAAAAGGCAGCCAAGCUGCCCAAAAAGGAGAAGUCGGUGCUGCAGGGCAAGCUGACGCGCUUGGCUGUUCAGAUUGGGAAAGCCGGCCUCAUCAUGUCUGCCAUCACGGUUCUCAUCCUGAUCCUGUACUUUGUGAUCGACAACUUCGUGAUACAACGCAAACCAUGGCUAUCGGAGUGCACUCCCAUCUACAUCCAGUACUUCGUCAAGUUCUUCAUCAUCGGCAUCACCGUACUGGUGGUGGCCGUGCCAGAGGGGCUGCCACUGGCCGUCACCAUCUCGCUGGCCUACUCUGUGAAGAAAAUGAUGAAAGACAAUAACUUGGUGCGUCACCUGGAUGCUUGUGAGACCAUGGGCAAUGCCACGGCCAUCUGCUCUGAUAAGACCGGCACGUUGACCAUGAACCGCAUGACUGUCGUACAGGCUUACAUCGGAGACACUCAUUACCAUCAGAUCCCAAGCCCCGACGCCCUCGUGCCCAAGGUCCUGGACAUUAUUGUCAAUGGCAUUUCUAUCAACAGUGCCUAUACCUCCAAGAUUCUGCCUCCGGAGAAGGAGGGAGGCCUCCCGCGGCAGGUGGGCAACAAGACCGAGUGUGCCCUUCUGGGCUUUGUCACUGACCUGAAGCAGGAUUACCACGCCGUGCGCAGUGAGGUGCCCGAGGAGAAGCUCUACAAGGUGUACACCUUCAACUCCGUACGCAAGUCCAUGAGCACGGUCAUCGAGAAGCCCAGCGGGGGUUUCCGCAUGUACAGCAAGGGCGCCUCCGAGAUCAUCUUGCGCAAGUGUAACCGAAUCCUGGACAAGAAAGGGGAAGUGAUGCCAUUCAAGAAUAAGGACCGAGACGAGAUGGUCCGCACUGUCAUCGAGCCCAUGGCCUCCGAGGGCCUCCGAACCCUCUGCAUAGCUUACCGGGAUUUCAACGACGGAGAGCCCACGUGGGACAAUGAGAGCGAAAUCCUCACUGAACUCACGUGUAUCGCAGUGGUGGGCAUUGAGGACCCCGUGCGCCCGGAGGUACCCGAAGCUAUUGCCAAAUGCAAGCGAGCUGGGAUUACUGUCAGAAUGGUGACAGGUGACAACAUCAACACAGCCCGGGCCAUCGCCACCAAAUGUGGUAUUAUGACACCUGGGGAUGACUUCUUGUGCUUGGAAGGCAAAGAAUUCAACCGACUUAUCCGCAACGAGAAGGGAGAGGUAGAGCAAGAGAAACUGGACAAGAUCUGGCCAAAGCUUCGAGUCCUGGCGCGAUCAUCCCCCACGGACAAGCACACAUUGGUAAAAGGCAUCAUCGACAGCACUGUUGGGGAGCAGCGACAGGUGGUGGCUGUCACUGGUGAUGGCACAAAUGAUGGGCCUGCUCUGAAGAAAGCAGACGUUGGUUUUGCCAUGGGUAUUGCAGGCACAGACGUAGCAAAGGAGGCAUCAGAUAUCAUCCUAACAGAUGACAACUUCACCAGCAUUGUGAAGGCAGUGAUGUGGGGGCGAAACGUCUAUGACAGCAUCUCUAAGUUUCUGCAGUUCCAACUCACUGUCAACGUGGUAGCCGUGAUCGUGGCCUUCACUGGAGCCUGUAUCACUCAGGAUUCCCCACUGAAAGCCGUGCAGAUGUUGUGGGUUAACCUCAUCAUGGACACUUUUGCCUCAUUGGCCCUGGCCACGGAGCCUCCUACAGAGUCUCUGUUAAAGCGUCGCCCCUAUGGCCGAAAUAAGCCUCUGAUCUCACGUACUAUGAUGAAGAACAUCUUGGGCCACGCUGUCUAUCAGCUCACCGUCAUCUUCUUCCUCGUCUUUGCCGGUGAGAAAUUCUUUGACAUUGAUAGCGGGAGGAAGGCGCCUCUACACUCGCCCCCCAGCCAGCACUACACCAUUAUUUUCAACACCUUUGUGCUGAUGCAGCUCUUCAACGAGAUCAAUUCCCGCAAGAUCCACGGGGAGAGGAACGUCUUCGCGGGCAUCUUCCGCAACCUCAUCUUCUGCGCCGUGGUCCUGGGCACCUUCAUCAGCCAGAUUCUCAUUGUGGAAUUUGGGGGUAAACCCUUCAGUUGUACGAAGCUCACCCUGUCUCAGUGGUUUUGGUGUCUCUUCAUCGGCAUCGGAGAGCUGCUGUGGGGCCAGAUCAUCUCCACGAUACCUACCCAAUCCCUGAAGUUCCUAAAGGAGGCUGGGCACGGCACCACCAAAGAGGAGAUCACCAAGGACGCGGAGGGGCUGGACGAAAUUGACCAUGCAGAGAUGGAGCUGCGCCGAGGCCAGAUCCUCUGGUUCCGGGGCCUGAACCGUAUCCAGACUCAGAUCGACGUAAUUAACACAUUCCAGACGGGAGCCUCUUUUAAGGGAGUCCUAAAGCGACAGACCAUGGGGCAGCACCUUGAUGUUAAACAUGUUCCUAGCUCAUCCUAUAUCAAAGUGGUCAAAGCGUUCCAUAGUUCCCUCCAUGAAAGCAUUCAGAAACCCAAGAACCAAAACUCCAUCCACAACUUCAUGACCCACCCUGAAUUCGCCAUAGAUGAGGAGGUGCCACGAACACCACUCCUGGAUGAGCACGAGGAGGAAAAUCUUGACAGUCCUAAGGCUGGGACUAGGGUGCUCCUGUUGGACGGUGAGGUCACGCCAUACGCCAACAAAAACAACAAUGCGGUGGACUGCAGCCAAGUGCAAAUUGUUGCCUCCCACUCAGAGAGCCCUCUGCACAGCCUGGAGACAUCUGUUUGAACUUCAUUCUCUGACUCCCAUCCCCGCUUUCUCCAUGUCCUUUUUCAUCUAUCCCAUCAGUAAGGUGACGAUGGGACUUUUCACUGUCAUGUCAGCUGCUCCCAAGUAUGUGUGAACUCCCACCUGACCAUGAAGAGGCAAGAGCAGAGACCUACGAGGAUGUCGACUUAAACUUGAGCUGGGGUUUGUAGCAGGACCCAGUCAAACCCCAGGCAGGUAAUGAAUGGUAGGAUCUACUCCUUGGGUGUAUCAGUUGUCAUUUUUAAAGAAAUGAUGACAAUCCUCUUGGCAUCUACCCCAACCCAGACCCUCCUUAGUAUACAUACGUUAUGUCACCAUCUCCUGACCUCUGGAUUUUACCCUAUGAGUCUGUGCCAUUUAUAAGCUAAGUCGAGGGUUCCGAGAGACAAAUGUCCCCAAAUGCAAUGUGUUGAGGUAGGAAUGGACUGUAUAGAAUCAGCCUAUAGAGUGAUUGUUUUUAAAAUGACUUCCCCAUUUUCAAAACUUACACCUAAAGCCCUCUAGCUCUUUCUGCCCUUCUAGUCAAACCUCCCUAAGGUUCUUUUGGUCUUUUGUGACCACUGUCUCCCUUAUCUUCACUCUUUCUUGUUCUUUUUUCUUUUCUUUUUUUUUUUAAGUUGUGAUGAUUAAGAAAGUGGAAUGGACAUGGCUGAAUUGAGUCAACUUUGGCCAUUCCCCCUUCUGGCCCCAAUGGAAUCCUUGGCUUAGUCCUAGAGGCAGAUAGGUUCUUUGCUAAUGGGAUCCUCUUGAAGCAAUUGAGAGCUGGUAAGAAUGUAUUUCUGUUGUUGCCAGGUUACCUUCCCCUUCUGAACUGCUAUCUUGUCAGGUGUGUGUCCUUUCUAAGUGCCAGGGAGAUCAGCUUUGACCGUGAAGCUCGCAUAUGUUCGUUAUAUAGUUUUUCCCAUAAGCCUGAGCUUUCUUCUAUUGCUAAAGUGGUGGCAAAAGAAUAGAUUGGGAAUGGCCCUGCCUCCUAACUGGACUGGGAUAUUAAGGACCAGCAGCUGGCAGGUCCACAACAAGACAGACCAUCAAAGUCAACUCUUGUGCCAUCCUCCCUGGGUUGACCACUCCUGCUUUCAAAGCCUUCUGCCACAGCUCUUCUGAGACAGGACCUGCUUGUUGCAGGAGUGCGUACUGAGAAGACUUGGGAGAGGCCAUUCUAGCAGGUUCUGAGAAACCAGACACCUUGAGCUUAGGCGCCCAAGUACCAGCUUUGACAUACCCCUCAGCUUUCUCAUUCUGCUCUGUCGCGGCCCCUAACUCGUCUGGUCUCUCAAUAGGCCCCAACCUUUCUCACAUAUUCCGCAUUUGAAAAUACCCAUCCCAAGUGGGGUCCAGUGACAUUUUGCUGACUUAAAGGAGCAAAAGACCCACCCUGGAAAGUUCUCCUUCCUCUCUUCCUUUGCUCCCACACGCCCCCCUCGAGGCCCUCUCCAGAAUGUGCUCAACUGCUGCACACGAAAGCCCUGUGCCUUCCUUCCCUGAACGCUGCCCAGAGCAUCCCCCACGCGCCUGCCUCUCAGGAGGUAGGGACCUCACUAGGAGAUUUUUUUAAGUGUUCCUUAAUGGGACAAGGUGGAGCCACGUUUGCAGGAGCUCCAUUUUUAUCCCUGCUGGUGUUGACGUAAGCUCUUCUGUGCAGGGGCUCGUUAACUCACGUCUACCAAUUCCCAUGAAAGAAAUGAAGCCCGUUCCCCCUGUUUCAAGAGUGAUGGCAGUGUGGGGUGGGGCUUGAGGCUCUUAUGAACUGCCAGACUUCCACUUGUGAGCGCAAGGUGGCCGGAACCUAUGCUCUCCGCCUUCUCUUCUCUUCGGGAUCCCUCCUCCCUCCCCCCUUCCUCCUGAGCUGUCCGAGGUAGGAAGAGCAAAGACACAAUACCCGCUCCACAUCCCCACUGCUGCGCAACCCGCCAGAUUUGACUUGGGUUUUGUAAAGGUCACAUGCUUCAGCAAUCUUUUCUCUGUCUUAAAUCCUCAUGUGGGAAUAACAGCUCACCCAAGGUGUUAGGUGUGCACAUAUAUAUUUAUUAAGUACAUUGGAAGAUUUCGUUCUGUCAAGUCUUUUAUUACCUCAGAUCAGCUUAAAAAACAAGCCAAUAACAAACUUCGGAGGCUAUUGCACCCUUCCUGCUCCCAAAAGACUCGUGGUGCCGGACAGGUUACUCUUGAGGGCUUGUGUCUACUUGUUUAAAGUCAAUGGCUUUUGUGUAUCUUUUAGUUUCCAUGGUAGGAGAGAAAAUAGAGAAUAUUAUGCAAAAAUAUAUAGUUUUCUUUAGCUCAGAAACGGAUAUUUUUGAGUCAGCCAUAUGUAUUUUGUUUAAAGGAUUUGAAAUAAAGUGCUGUCAUGUUACCCUGUGGAAGGAGCAUAUAACCAGCUGUUGGAUGUGACAGGCGACUUAGCAUAUUUGUGACUGGUUAUAAAACCAAUGCACCGUACUUCCUUUCUCCAAACAGCCAUCUUUAUACUUAGGGAAAAAAAAUGUAUUGGGUUCUAGACUUUUUUAAUAUAAAUUUUGUUGAUAUGGAAUUGAGUAAGUUUCAGUGUUUAUGUGCAUAUGUUUUUUAUAUAAGUUUUUUUCUAUUCAGUUUUAGUGAUCCAACUGGCAGUGAGUAAAUAUGGCGUAAGGUAAUAAAGCUUUCCCCCCAUAUGGUGCUUUCGAUCUGAAAAGGGUCUGAUGGGGAGAAGGGGAAAUAAUUCUCCUAGAGAAACCUAGGAAAGUGGGCAGUGGCCUGUGGAUGGGAAGGAAAGCAGCCAGCGAGAAGGGAGUGUGCGUCCCCCAUGGAGAUGGGUGCCAGGCCUUUUAGUAACUAGUGAUCAGGGUCAAGGGCCUUGGCUGGAUGUUGUUUUUUGAUGAGUAGCUGGUAUAGUGGUACCCAAGGCGUGAAUAUCUCUCGGGCUGCAAGGAUGCUCUGAUUGGGGCUUUGCAUAUUUUAUGGUUCUUUCACGCAUGUUUUAUGGGUUCUUCACCCUGGGAGUUUUCCAUUAGUGAGUUUUUGUGCAAAGCUCUGAUUUGGGACUUGCCCUCUCCUAGAAAGGUUGUGUGCGAUAUAUGAGAUGGGGGAGAGAGUUCUAAGUGGAAGUCACAAAGGCCGGUUCUAACCCGGGGUGACCGCCUUGGGGCUAGGUCCUUCCCAGAGGUGCCCUCUGCCCUCUGAAAUGACGACUCCCCCAUCCCUAAAGGUGUCAGAGAGACCACCUCGCAGUCCUUCUGACACUUGUGGGUUCUGUAGGGUCUGGGUUUCUUCUUCCACUUGAGCUUCAGAGGGGAGAGUUCGCACAGUUCUAUCUGAGCGAUUACCUCACUGCCGAAAACCGAAAACCUGGCGGGGGUGGGGGCAAGUCCGCAUGCAACCUCGAAAUGCCUCACCUCCUUUCUCUCCUGCUUUCUUUGCCUCACGAUCGAUCGAAGCAGCCCGUGAUACCAUCACCAAGUGCACACUUCCUCACUCUCCAUAUCUAGGGACCACCUACUGCAGUGGUGGGGAUGAGGCACUUGUAAAUGCCUGCUAUUCUGAAGCCAUUCUAGCCUUUUCCUCAGAAUAGACCAGAUGCCCUUCCAUGUAGCUCAGUGCCAUGCUUUGCCUCCCAAGCCCUGCUGUCAGGCCUGCUGUCCCCUUUCCUCUUGAUGAGGAGAGACGGAGGCAAGUGAGCUCCCCGUGACCGAACUGGCCUUUGGUUCGUGUUUGCUCCCCAUCUGUAUAUAGGCCAUCUGUGAACAUGCCAUGUAUUAUAUGUGCCAACAAAUCUAUCUACGCUGUCCUUUUCAAAUCAGCACGCAGAUAGGAAUUUUGAGUUUCUUUUUUUUUUUUUUUUUCAGUAACUAGAAUAACAAGCACUGGUAUUUUUGUAUAAAAAAGAAAAACAAAACAAAAGAUUGACUAUUGUGGUCUGCAUGACAUAAACAAACAUGGUGAUAUCCAAGCAAUGUGUACCCCAGUGUGUGUGGCCAUAAUUUGCAGUCGGCUUAACGGUGCACCCAAUCUGUAUUUGCAUUCUGAUAUUAUUUAAGCUCUUUGUACAAUGGUUUGCAUGUAUUUAUAUGGUUUGUAGGGAAAAAAAAUGCUGUAAACUGGCAAAUCUGAAAUUCAAAUACGUUGUCCACUGAGACGGGAAGAAGAGGAGUUUGAAAAGAUGGGGAAAAAAGGGAUAAUUUUUUUUUUUGGAACCAAUAAAGCUUGUUGCUGAUGAGCAGAAACCAGACUGCCGUGCACUGAGAAUAAAAACCCAUGCCCACUA